CGAGUGCGGGAGCGGAGCCGGGCGCAGGGACAACGCUGUGCGCCUGAGGUCUCCGAGCCGCUCGCCAUGGCUAGCCCGCAGCAGCAGCCCCCUUACCUGCACCUGGCCGAGCUGACGGCGUCCCAGUUCCUGGAAAUCUGGAAGCACUUUGACGCAGACGGAAAUGGGUACAUUGAAGGUAAAGAGCUAGAAAACUUUUUCCAAGAGCUGGAGAAGGCAAGAAAAGGCUCUGGCAUGAUGUCAAAGACUGACAACUUUGGGGAGAAGAUGAAGGAGUUCAUGCAGAAGUAUGACAAGAACUCGGACGGCAAAAUUGAAAUGGCUGAGCUGGCGCAGAUCCUGCCAACGGAGGAGAACUUCCUUCUGUGCUUUAGGCAGCACGUGGGCUCCAGCACCGAGUUUAUGGAGGCUUUUCAAGAUGGCAAGAUUCCAUAA